AUGGCCGCAUGUAUGACGACAAUUCUCCAUCCCGUUCUCGCUCACCUAGUGGACGCUUGCACACACCCCCUCGAGGCCCAGCCGCCGAUAGGAGAGGUGACUACUCCCGAGACCAGUCCGAUUCUCGAUCCCGAUACCAAAGCCGAGACCGCGAUGACUUCCGCCGACGAUCCUCGAGAUCUCCUCCGCGGCGCCCACGACACGGCUACCGCGACCGCGAUCGCGAAGACUACCGCUCACGAAGCCGAAGCCGAAGCUACAGUCGCAGCCGGAGUCGAAGCCCACGGCGCGGUCGAUCGCAUUACGGACAGGAGAGCAGAGAGGUUAUGA